AUAUACGAAGGUUCGCAAACGCAUCACCACCCGGCUGCUUCCUCUCGAGCGCCCCCACGCGGCCAGAAAUCGAGCUCAUUUUGAUGACGUCACCGCUCGAGUUGUCAUGGCGUCUUUUGGACCGAAUCUACAGUUGCAAUUUAGCUAGAAUCCGUCGACAGUCGCUAGCUCGAAAUGGAGAAAAAUGCAGACGUGCAUCGAGACCCCGUCGGCGGCGACAGCACCGGGGCGGACGCCGGCGACGCUCCGGCGGCGGAAGGCGGGAAAGAGACGGCGGAGAAACGGCCAAAUAGUGAGGCUCGCCUCAGUACUUCGCUGGGUGACGAUAGCUGGAGGAACAACGCGGCGGAGGAACCGAGGAGCACCCCGGUCGUCAGGUGCGAUUUAGCCGAGGUCCCGGAAGUCCGAGCGGCCGCGGAGGAGGCGAGUGAGGACCCCGAGUCGAGAGGCUCGCGCUCGGGGGAGCGGCGGCAGCUCAGUAACGGGAUGGGGUCGGAUCCAGAUAAGGAGGGUGGUGCCUCAAAGUUAGUCAACAACCACGCCGACGCUCCGUGCGCAGGUGCGGACGACAAGGAAAGCCAGCCGAGCAAACCUGCCAAACCCGCCCAUCUGUGCCCGGCCGGGGCGACCCCGGAGGACCUGAGCGCCCCGCACGCCUUAUCCGAGCCGGACGUCAGCCUCGGCGGGUGUGAUUCCCGCAGCCCGGACUCCCUAGAGGACUCCUUCUCCAAGCUGAACUCCUGCGCCAGCUCGGACCUGGAGGAGCGAGGACUGGCCCUGGCCCUGCACGGCGAGCUCGGGCCGGACGGCACCAAGGCGACGUGCGCCAAGGACCGAGCGGCGGGCCAGUGCAUCUACCACAUCAAGUGGAUCAAGUGGAGGGAGGAGAGCAUGCCCAUCAUCACCCAGAACGAGAAUGGCCCCUGUCCGCUGCUGGCCAUCAUGAACGUGCUCCUGCUUGCCUGCAAGGUUAAGAUGCCUCCCAUGAUGGAGAUCAUUACAGCCGAGCAACUGAUGGAGUAUCUUGGAGACUACAUCCUGGAAACUAAGCCUAAAGAAAUCUCCGAGGCCCAGCGGCUAAACUAUGAGCAGAACAUGAGCGACGCCAUGGCCGUGUUGCACAAGCUCCAGACGGGCCUGGACGUGAACGUCAAGUUCACGGGCGUGCGAGUCUUCGAGUACACCCCGGAAUGCAUCGUGUUCGACCUGCUGGACAUCCCGCUGUACCACGGCUGGCUGGUGGACCCCCAGAUGGAUGACAUUGUCAAGGCAGUGGGCAACUGCAGUUACAACCAGCUGGUGGAGAAGAUAAUAUCCUGCAAACAGUCAGACAACAGCGAGCUGGCAGGCGAAGGCAUUGUGGCAGAGCAGUUCCUCAACAGCACAGCAACCCAGCUGACUUACCACGGCCUGUGUGAGCUCACGUCCACCGUGCAGGAGGGCGAACUCUGUGUCUUUUUCAGGAAUAACCACUUCAGCACCAUGAUUAAGUACCAGGGUCAGCUGUACCUGCUGGUGACAGAUCAAGGCUUCCUGACAGAAGAGAAAGUCGUGUGGGAGAGUCUUCACAACGUGGACGGAGAUGGCAAUUUCUGCGACUCAGAGUUCCGGUUGAGGCCGCCGUCGGACCCGGAGACGGUGUACCGAGGACAGCAGGAUCAGAUCGACCAGGACUACCUGAUGGCGCUGUCGCUGCAGCAGGAGCAGCAGAGUCAGGACCUCCAGUGGGAGCAGCUGCCCGGCAUCAGCGACCUGGAGCUGGCUAAAAAGCUGCAGGAGGAGGAGGACCGCAGAGCAUCGCAGUACUACCAGGAACAGGAGCAGGAACAGGCAGCCGCGGCGGCGCAGGCUCAGCAAGAGGCCGCAGAGGGAGACGAGGCCAACAGAGGGGCGGCGGGAUCCGGCGGUCCAGCAGGUGGCGCCGGGACGGCUGCGGCUGGCCAGGCCGCCGCCAGCCCGGGAAAACCGUCGUCCGGCGCGGAGCGCAAGGCUAAGAAGGAAGCCAAGGAGAAAGACAAAUGCGUCAUUUUGUAACAUCAAGCCAGCGUACGGCAAGCCGUUUGAGAAUUUAGUCCGUUUGCUUGAUACUGUAUAUCAAGCUCAAGGUCCGUGCACUAGUGCGCCAUUUGUCCUCUCUCAUAAGACAAUUUUGAGCACUCCCACGACGACGGUGUCUUAUUACGAGUGUUUUUGACACAAGUAGUGUCACUUUUGGCCUACUAGUAUGCCAUUAAACCUUACAAGUAAACUACUCUGCUCCACUAAUACAUGAUAGUAGCCAUGUGACACUAGUAGCCUCCCUACUAGUAGCACCAAUGUGGUCACUAAUAGUUUUGCCUCACUAGCGGCAUGUAGUUGUCUUGUGUACAGAAAUGGAAGGCAAUAUCCUUGAUAGCUACCUUAAAAUCCAUGUACUAGUAUGUUCUCUGUCCUCUUUGGUAGGACAACUUUGACACGCUAGUCGGACAAUUGCAGGUUACUAGUGAGGCAAAAGUUAAACAUCUGCACACUACUACUGGUGAAGCACCAGAUGUUAAUCUACUAGAACCGUUUUUGAUAUCAUUAAUGGUAUUACGAGAGCAUUUAUUCGAGAGCCUUGAUAUCCACCUUAAGGUCCAUGUACUAGUAUACUAAAAGACAAUUUAGCCCACUGCUAGCACAACAAGGGUGCACUUGUAGAAUGACUGUCUUACUCGUAAAAAUAAAUUCUACUACUAGUGUCACGAGGCAUACUAGUAGUAUGACUUUGGGAUGGAUAAACAAACGAUCAAACGGAUUUGAUAUCUUGAUAUUCACUUUAAGGUCCGCGCACUAGUAGGACAAACUACGUUGCUAGUGAAGCAAAACUAGCGAAACAUCUUGCGUUCACUUCUACAAUUUUAUACUCACACUAGCAGCACUAGGGAGCAUGCAAGUUGUGAAACAGCUUUCCAUGAAGACGUUUGACCGUCGAUUUGAUAUACUAGUGUGGUUAAUCGUGAGGACGAGCAGCAUCACCAACGUUUUUCCACAUUUGGGGUGGCGGUGAAGCCGCACCGGUGAGGACAACUAGCGCACUAGUGCACGGCGCAAAUGCUCAGCCGGCUCACCUCACGAAGCGCACGCGUGCAUGCUCGAGUGCGCGCAUGUUCAGCGCGUCCAGCGAGGGAAAGGCGAGACGCUCGCUAGAGGAUUCGCUUCCCAAACCAACGGUGCCUGCCUUGCCUGCAAAGCCCUCCUCCGCCGUCACCGGACCGCAACAAACCCCGCCCACCUGAUCCCCAUGCCCCGCCCCCAGGAUCUCGGGACGGAGUCGGCCAAACUUUGUUACGACUUGCACACGCACUACGCUACAUUUGUCUUCUAACUUUUUUUUUAAGCGAAAGGCAAACUAAACCUCACCCGUCGGAAGCUUUUCAUUGGUUAUUUGUUCGUCACGUCUCACAGCUACGCCCUUAAAAAGAAAGCGUUGAUGCUAACGCCAUGGCUAGCCUGAGUUUACGCCGAAAGGUAAGGAAAGCCGUUUUGAGCGUUUAUUCCGCACUACAAAAAACUCAAAAUUCUUAGAGAAUAUUUUUUAUUAAAACGAAUUCAAAUCGUAAGUCACUCAUUUUUAGACAAUUUUCACUGGUUUACUUGCUAAUUUUCUAACUUCAAAUAAUUGUAAAAAUGAGAGUUAGUUUAGCAACUUUGCAUUAGAAACCAUAAAUUUCCUGAGUAAGAUUGAGUUUUCGCGGUGUAGUUACAGGACUAUGGAGUAGUACACGCUCUGUCCUCACAAGUACGACAAUUCAGCGCACUAGUAGGAUUGGGGGUUGGCAGUUUGCGGCCUAAAACACUACAGUACAGAAUUAUUUUAAGUAAAUAUUAAAAAACAAAAGUUUUUAGAAACGUGCCGUCAUGAGUAGCCUCUUCGACCCUACUUAUAGUGCUAAAAUGCCCGCUAGUAGUUUUGCCUCGUUUGUGGAACGUACAGUAGUUGUCCUAACUAACUCUGUGCAGAAAAAGUCAUACACUACUGGAAGGGAGUUCUGAGGGAAAACGAUACUACUAACCUCACAGUUGUUCCUCUAGUGUGCUGAAUUGUCUUGAGUGUUAGGUCACUAUUUAAGACAUUCAAUUUAAGGUCAGUGUACUACAACUACAUCUUUCUAGUGAGGCAAACCUGUACACGAGUAGUUGACAGCUGUGGGAUACCAGCACUACUAGUAAAAAAACUAGAUGGUAACUUGUCUGAUUUCUCUCAGAUUGAGCAUUUCUUUGCUAUCCCUGAUGUCCAGUUUUACAGACUGUGUACUAGUCCGUGCUUUGUCCUCACUGACAGUUGUGUGAUACUAGUACUACUAGUAAAAAACUAGAUGCUAA